AUGCUAAUGAGGCGAUAUAAAACCCGGAGCGAGCUCCUCCAGAGGAAUCAGAGCCAAGCGUGUUGCCCUGCGAGAAGCAUCAGCUCAGCUGCAGACAUGUCCCCCUGCCCCAACAGCUACUCCUCCAUCCACCACCUCAGGAUGUCUGAGAGGGACAACAUAAAACUAAGGAAACCCAUAGUGGAGAAAAUGCGCAGGGACCGCAUCAACACCUGCAUCGAGCAGCUCAAGGUCAUCCUGGAGAAGGAGUUCCACAAGCAGGAGCCCAACUCCAAGCUGGAGAAGGCCGACAUCCUGGAGAUGACGGUGAGCUUCCUGAGGCAGCAGCUGCAGUCGGGUCUCUGUCAGAGUUACUCCCGCUGCCUGAGGGACUCGGUUCACUUCCUGUCCGUGGGCUCAGCCACGGAGGCCUCGGCCAGACCUCAGCAGGUCCUCCGGCAGCCAGAGCAGACGCUCCGUCAGACACAGAGAGCCAGCAGCUGCUCCCCGCUCAGACCUGACACGCAGCCGGACAGCAGCAGCAGCAGCAGCUGCAGCAGCAGCAGCAGCAGCAGCAGCAGCAGCAGCAGCAGCAGCAGCAACAGCAGCAGCAGCAGCAGCAGCAGCAACAGCAGAGGCCCGGUGUGGAGGCCGUGGUAGAGAGACUCUCUUGAGACCUGAGGGGAGCCGUUCUCUCCCUCACUAUGUAGGAAAUUUAUUUCCAUCCUGCUCGUUCAGCGUGGGUUCAUUUAUUGUCUCAUCACAUUGAUGGACAAGUAAACGCAAUGUGCUUUCUGUCUUGUUGCCUGAUUUGUCUUUCUUCGUGUUAAAAACUGAGGAUUCAUUUUGAGUGACACAGUUUUUUUUUUUUUUUUUUUUUUGUGAUGUGAUAGUUUUUUACUCCGGUGGAGUUUAUCUUGGGUCUGCUUUAUGUAACAGUAUAUGUUUCUGCCCCACUGUGUGUUACUGACAGCCUUUUUUGAGAAUAUUUCUCUUCUGUUUUAAAUUUUAUAUGCCAAAUUUUAGUUAUUAGCCCACAAGUGGAUGUAUGUCCUGAUAUUGUCUGGAUGGAUGUUGAUGUUAACAUUUUCUUUUAAGGUUUUGACCUUUUUUUUUUUUUUUGUUUGUUUUUUUUAAUUUCCCAAGCUUGUGUGACAAUUAAUUAAAAAAAAGA